AAGGCUGCACAGGCAUGGGACGUGCCGCGAUCGACGCUACAAGAACGUAUCAACAGUUGUCAACCCAACGCGAUGGCUCACUUAAAUCAACAGCGGUUGACACCAGAGCAAGAGUGUUUUCUAGUGGAGUGGAUACUAGAAGAGGACUCACGCGCACAACCUCCCUCUUAUCCACGUGUACGUGAGAUG